CUAAGAUACAGAAUAUGUUAUCUAUUUCUGAUGCAGAAAAGUUAGUUCAUGCUUUCAUGACGUCUCGACUAGAUUACUGUAAUGCAUUAUUAGCUGGUGGUAAAGGGACAUUCAAGGAAUACCUUGUAGAAAAAAUAAAAAAAACACAUCACAGAGAGACAAAAGAAACUCUUCCAGAAGAAAGAGCUAGAUAGGCUAAGAAAAAUGGUGGUUUAGGAAGAAGUGGACCUGCUCCGUUGGUUUUAUUAUUUUGCAUUCUGCAUUAUUUUGUUAAUGUUGUUUAUUGUGUUCAUUAUAUAGUUUUCACAUAUAAAAAGCGUUGUAGCAUUUAGAAGCACAUAACGAUACACAGUUAAAGCCACGCUCUCUAAACAUUUAUAUGUAUGUUUCUUUUAUUUUAGCCAUUUUAUUUACCUGUGACUUUUUAAUUUGUAUUUUUUUUUUUUGAUGUUUCUUCCAUUCUGUUUUGGUCGUUUCUUUUGAACAUUGAACAGUUUUUGUAUCAAUAUUUGUGUCAAACUGUGUGUGUGUUUUCCCCCAAAUUGCAUUACUGUUCAAUAAUUUGUGCCAUAUACAUAUAGUUUCACUUUAACCAAAAGGAAUAAGUUACAACUAGGGCUUCUUGCACAGAAACCUCUUUCCUAAUUCGCAUUCUCUAUCAUUUUUUCAUUUUUUAAGAAGACAGGUCAGAAGGCGAUACAAGGAAGUACAACAACAUGUUGUGCGGCUAAUUAAUGAGAGCAAUGUUGAAAUGAAGAGGCUUGAACAUCGUCUGCUGGCUUUGACCACACCUCCAUGUACAAACAGUAAAAUAUAGAUGCACACACAUUUUUUCCCAUAUUGUGUUAAAGUUGUUUUUUAUUAUUAUUUAUUUGUUAUUGAAAUCUCUUUAUUUGUUAUUGAACUGUACUAGCUUAACUCAAUAAAUGUAUUCAUUUAGUUAGUAUGUGAAAGGCAAGACACAUUUCAAAUUAUUGUUGUGUCGUCACCUUGAAUUAAAUAAUUAAUUUAUCACUGUGUUAUCAUUCACCUUUUAACAGCAAAUACAGAAGCUGCUGAGCCAAUUUAUGGAGCCCCACAAGAAUUCAGUCCAAGCAUAGAUCAGUGUGAGUUACAUAUAUUGUGUUUGUGAUUAAACUUUGGGAAAGUUCUCUGAAAGGUGACAUUAUACAUUUAAUAUGUCUUUUAAUACAGGCAUUACAGAUGCAUGGGGAAGAAAGAAGAUUUAUGUGCUGCUUUCAAAAAUAGGGCCCUACAAAAUCUUCUUUUCUGACAUACAUAAAACUUCUCCUGGUGAGGAGCUCGAGAGUGAGGUACACAAUCAAACAUUUUUUAUUUUUUACUUUGUUGUUAUGCACAAUAAACACAACAUGUAUGCACUUUCAUGUAAACCUCGUUGUCAGCAGGUCAUCAAUGCAUUCAUGCACCUUGAGAUCAAGAAAUGUAAUGCUCGGUCAGCAGAGCACGCCUUUUAUAUUGACAGUGAUGAAAUGGCCAGCGUCUGGAAAGGCCAUUCAACAAAGCGGAAGGUUGGUCUAUUCAGUGUCAUUAAUAUACGGCUGCAAAAGCUUUGAAUUCUAAAAAAAUCUUUUGUAUUUUCAGAUUGACCUGUCAGUGUACCACUAUAUAAUUGGUAUCAUAAACGACCACUGUCACUGGACAGUUAUGGUAUAGGAUGCAACUUGCUUUGUUUUAUUAAAUAAACUAAACCAAAAUGUUACACUAGUGUGCAUAACUAUGUUUCUAUGUAUUUUAAAAUCCUGAAAGGUGAUCAUGCCAGCACAGAAGAAGACUUUAUUUUUAGACCCUCUGGGAGAAAGCAUAGUAAAAGUAGAGAAGUGCCAGGAGGUGAUAAGGUAUUAACAAUGAUAUCAAAGAUUUUUUUUUUUUUUCGCCCAGUAACACAUUUAAAACUGCAAUGCGUAGCACUGUCAUUUGUUACACUGUUGUUUGUUGAUUUAAGGGCAUUAAUGAAUCAGACAGGAUACAAUGCCUCUACCUGGUUGUCCAAGACUGUUCCUCAUCCCAUGCAGACUGACUCCUCAUCCUGUGGAGUUUUUGCACUGAAGGUAUUAAUGAUGUUAUGAUGAUGAACAUUAAUUUCUAAUAUCACAGUCCUAAAUGUGAUUUUAUUUAUUUGUUUAUUUUUUUGGUAGUUUGCCGAAUGCAUUCUUCGUCUGCAGCCAGUCGAGUUUUGCAGUAGUGAGGCCUCAGUGAAGAAGCUCAGGAGACACAUCACUGUCACACUACUACAAAACAGUGAUGAUUUAACCCUUUUGUGUUUUGCCUGUGGAGAGGCAAGUGGAGACCCUGACUGGGUGAGCAUGUACAAAUAUUUACAUGGAUCCUUAUAGUUAACAGUAAAUUUUCAGAUUAGCUGUCUUUGCUGCCUGCGCCGGUACCACAAAUCCUGUGUUCAGCCAUCCACCCUGGAGACUUAUGUUUGGGCGGCUUGCCUGGAUUGAGGACCUACUCUAAUGUUCCAAAAAAUAUUGUUCUUUACCUAUAAAACAAAAUAAAAAUUUUGUAAUAUGCUAUCUAAAAUCACUUUGGUGGAAGAGACUCAUUAUUAUUAGUAAUAUAAUUAUUUAUUCAUUUUCUAAUGCUCGCUUUUUUCAUCUGAGGAAAGAAAAAGCAAUUUAGCGUAAACAAAGUCCAAGCACUUUUGCUGGAUAGCCCACAUAGGAACAAAUUCAUUUUCCCAUGAAGGGCAUUUCUAGGGGCCAAGCGUACAAUGUCAUGUGUUAAUAUCGUGCAUUUCAUACCGCAGCACUUUUCCAAAGCCAUUUAGCUGGAUCCACCUGAACAAUUGACUGAGGGAUUGACUACAGAAAGUCUGGUUACUGUGUCAGCCAAGGACAUACUAUGUGGUUUAAAGCCAUUUGUUUUAGCACUAUUUUCAUACUCCACAACUGUAACGGCGGUAUUCCACAUCAAGCCUCCAACAAGGGCAGCAAAGGCAGGAUUUAUGGACCACAGCUACUACCACUACUGGAGGAGGCUUCAGUACAAGCUGCGGGUACAGUAUAUUCUCGAGCAGUCAACUGGCAGGACCAGCCAAAAUCCCCUGGCAUCUCACAUCCAGCGUGCCAUUGCCAAGGAGAAUGCGUGGACUUCCAACAUGCCCUCCGUGGACAGUGUUCUGCUGGCGUGGGUGCCCUGCCAUGAGUCAUUGGCUGCAGAGAAUGAUCCUGUGAUCAUUGCCUCCGUGGUCCAGCAGAAUUCAAAAGGGCUGGCCAUUAAGAGCUUUGAGUGGAAAGGUAAAGGGGUCACUGCCACCAUGGAGUUCAAGAGGAACCAGGUAGUGUGUGACUACCACGGUGAAGUGGUCUCCAAGCAGGAAGGGGAGCGGAGGCUGGAGACCCUCACCGGGGAGCCGUCAUACCUGUUUUUCUUUAAUGGCAAGACUUAUGGGAGGAGGAUGAACCAUUCCCGCAACAAAAACAAUGUGCGGCCUCAGAGAGUUUCUUUAAAAUUUCUGGAUGGUCCCAGGGAAUGCGUUCUCUUCUUCGCUCUGUGGGACAUUGCCGUCAGUGAGGAGCUCCUGUGGGAUUACGGGGUUCGCAGAUCAUCAUUCCAAGGAGAAGGGUGGGAUCUUUCUUGGCUUGAUGACUGACUUGGCGCAGAGCUGGCAUCAUGUAGCCCUUCUUUUCAACAUCUCCUUGUCACACAAAUACAUUUCCCCAAUGCAUGAAUGUAAAUACUGUAUCAAAAAUAAAACAAAGAAAGAGUGUUGCAUUGCAUACUGUAAAUACGAAAUAAAGUGGGUCAUUCGCUUUCAAUGCAUCUCAGCAUGUGUGCUUCCUUACUUUACUGUUAAGUAAUCAACUUCCAUUUAAUAAUGUGUAAAAAUAAUAUGAAAACUUUUAUAGAGCACUGAAUACCAUUAUUUCACUGCAGUUUUGGCCAAAGACUGCAUUUUGGCAAAAUCAUUAAUCAAUUAUAAUAAGAUUUUUAAUUGGCUUCCAGAGUAUUUUUGGCAAAGCCCAAUACUUUCUGCAGACUUACCCUAUAGUCAGGGUCUCAUGUUGUCCACCAGAGGGCAGCAAAGACUUAGUCAUGUGACACAUGAGCGCUCGUCUCUGACCUUAUGUUAAAGGCGCUCUAAGCGAUUUGACGCGUUUUUAGGCCCAAUUUUUUUUUUGUCACGUACAGCAAAC